GAACCUUAGAUUUGUUUUAUUUGUUUCCCUUUAUGUCUUCUACGUUAGCAUAAAUAAGCCGCAAUGGCGGAAGGGGUAGCUGGUUCUACUGAAGCUGGUUCCAACGUAAACACAUCAGGGAACCCAACAGAAAUCGCCAUGGCAUAUCUACAAGAUGAGAAGACAGAUGGAGACAUUACUAACCUCAACUUGGGGGAAUUGGACCUGACCACUGAUGAGUUCAUCUUGGAUGAAGUGGACAUUCAUAUUCAGGCCAACUUGGAAGAUGAUCUUGUGAAAGAAGCACUUAAAACGGGUGUGGACCUCCGUCAGUAUUCCAAGCAGGUGGAGACAGAGCUGCAGAGGAUCGAACAGGCCUCCAUUAAAGACUACAUUAAAGAAAGUCAGAACAUUGCCCAUCUCCACAACCAGAUCACAGCCUGUGACUCCAUAUUGGAGCGUAUGGAGGGUAUGCUGAGUGGUUUUCAGAGCGACCUCUCCUCCAUCAGCAGUGAGAUCCAGACCCUGCAGCAGCAGUCGGUCAGUAUGAACGUGCGACUGAAGAACAGGCAGGCUGUUCGCAGCCACCUCAGCCAGCUGGUGGAUGAGCUGAUGGUGCCUGGAGUCAUGAUCUCCACCAUCAUGGAAAGUCCAGUGACGGAGCAGGACUUCCUUGAGCAGCUCCAUGAGCUCAACACAAAGAUCAACUUUGCCAAAGAGCUGAGCUUUAGAGAGACGUUGGCCUGCUCCGACAUCCAGGACAUCGUUGAUCGCCUCAAGCUCAAGGCCGUCUCAAAGAUCAGAGAGUUUAUUCUGCAGAAAAUCUACUCCUUCAGGAAACCGAUGACAAACUAUCAGAUCCCACAGAACACUCUGCUGAAAUACAGAUUUUUCUACCAGUUUCUUUUGGCUAAUGAAAGAACUGUUGCUAAAGAAAUCAGGGAUGAGUACGUGGACACUAUGAGCAAGAUUUACUACAGUUACUUCAAGUCCUACAGCGGGCGGCUUCUCAAAGUGCAGUAUGAGGAGGUAGCGGAUAAAGACGACCUGAUGGGAGUGGAAGAUACAGCAAAGAAAGGUUUCUUUUCCAAGCCCUCCUUAAAGAACAGGAACACCAUCUUCACUUUGGGCCAGAGGGGGACCAUAUUGAGUCCUGCCGAGCUGGAAGGACCGAUCCUGGUUCCACAUACGGCUCAGAGAGGAGAAAGCAGGUAUCCUUAUGAGACGUUGUUCCGCAGCCAGCACUAUGCCCUGUUGGACAACGGCUGCAGAGAAUUCCUCUUCCUGUGUGAUUUCUUCAUGGUAGCUGGAAACUCUGCACUUGAUCUCUUCAACUGCAUCAUGGGAAAAACUCUCAGCAUGUUCCUGAAAAGCAUGUCCACCUACGUGUCCGACUGCUACGACAGCAUCGCUAUCUUUCUCUGCAUCCACAUCAUCCUCAGAUUCAGAGCCAUCACAGCAAAGAGGGACAUUCCUGCUCUUGACAAGUACUGGGAGGCUGUGCUGGAGCUACUAUGGCCCAGGUUUGAACUCCUUUUGGAGAUGAACAUCCAGAGCAUCAGAAACACUGACCCUCAGAAACUGGGAGUGCUGGACACCAGACCGCACUACAUCACUCGACGCUAUGCAGAGUUCUCCUCGGCUAUUGUGAGCAUCAACCAAACAUUUCCUAAUGAGAGGACCAACGUUCUGCUGGCUCAGCUGCAGGUUGAUGUUGAAAAUUUCGUGCUGAAGAUGGCCGCAGAGUUUCCCUCCAGGAGAGAUCAGCUCAUCUUCCUGAUUAACAACUACGACAUGUUGCUCAGCGUCCUGAUGGAGAGGGCAGCAGAUGACAGUAAAGAGGUAGAAAGUUUUCAACAGUUGCUACUUGCUAGAACACAGGAGUUUAUUGAGGAGAUUCUUUCCCCUCCUUUUGGAGGAAUGAUUGCCUUUGUGAAGGAGGCUGAAGCACUGAUGGAGAAAGGCCAGCUGGACCGACUAAAGAAUGAAGAAGCUCGGAUCACCCAGCUGGUCCGAGGGUUUUCCAGCACCUGGAAGCAGUCGGUGGAGGCGAUGAGUCAAGAUGUUAUGAGGUCUUUCACGAACUUCAAAAAUGGAACCAGCAUCAUACAGGGCGCUCUGACUCAGCUCAUCCAGUACUACCACGGCUUCCACAAGAUCCUCAACCAGCCGACGUUCCGCAGUCUGGCCGUGCGCUCUGAGCUCAUCAACCUCCACCAUCUCAUGGUGGAGGUGAAGAAGCAUAAACCUAACUUUUGACGAGGCGGCUUGUUCUGCGUGGGAACACCCAGACGAACAGGGCUUCAGUCUGGAAGAUAAUCCAUCCUCUUUAAGGCUCGCUGAAAUGUGAAAGCCCCCCUUUUUUGUUUCAAGUUGCAUCACAGAUCAGAAAGGAGGUACUUUCAUCUCUUCCUCUGAUCAUCGUUUGAAACCCUUUUAGGCCUUAAAAAGUAAAAUAAGUAAUUCACACAUGACCGUAAUAUUCCCCUUUGACAAGAUAAGACACAUUGCUUUCUUCAUAGUAAAAAAGGAAACUGCUAUGAACAUAAAGCAGAAAUAGUUCGAUCAUCCAACCAGCUGCUAAAUCCCAGUUGAAAUGAUCAGUUUAAGGAAUUAGAUUCAUUGUUACUUUCCCCCCCAGUAUGUAUUAAAACAAUUAAAUGUUGGGGUUAAAAUCAUGACACUGAAAGUAUUUAUCUGAGACAUUAAGUGGACAUCUGCUGAACUGAAAUUGAAAAUUCAGCAGUUUUGUCAUGUGUGCAGGCAGGUGUUGUUUUCUCUCAGAAAGCCUGUAGUUAGGCUUUCCUGCGUCAGAGGAAACUGAUUUCUGAAUCAUAACGCUGCACCGGAUUCUGGAAAACUACUUGAACUGAGCUUAAGAAUAGA